GGUGUUGGGCAGUUCUCAGAAUUCGGCUCGAUAUCACACAUCAACAUUUAGCUCCCAUAGUUCAAAGUACAUUUAUUAUCGGAGUAUGUAGAAUAUAUACAAUCUUGAGAUAUGUUGCAGAGUAGUAGCUGAACUGCGUCCCCGCCCCGACACCCUAGCCUUUUCAAUCUGUCCCCGCACUUAAAUUGCCAAACUUGGGCUGUUCGCACUCGGACCCAAACCCUGCUGCUUCGAUACGCACUUGGACCCACCACUUCCACUCUGCCGCGCCUCUACUUACAUCGCCUCUGUUCUACCGCAUCAAAUUGACUCCACGUCCUCAUUAAUCUACUCCUGAAUUUGGCUAAAGUAACUAUCCUGAGUCUUGGAGGUUCUGGCCGGACUGACUGCCUGGUGGAGAGAUCAGAUUAUUACACAGUGCAUUGAGGUAGAACAAGGUAAAGCAAUAACAGAAUGCAGAAGAAGCAAGCAGGAUGGACAAAGGAGAAUUGGUUGAUGUGAACUUGGAUUUUCCGAAGACCUUUAACAAGCUUGUUCCAGGUACAGAGCACCAGCUGCAUGAAAAACUUGUCUCUUCGGGCUCCAUUAAAUCUCUCCCAUCUUAUCUAAAACAGGAACCCUCUGUUUCUUAAUUCGGCAGUCCAGUCUAAGUGUGGAAAACUGACAGAAUAUGCUGGAUCUGAGAACAAUUGGAAAGGUGUACUUCCUCCUGCCACUUCUUCAAGCUGCAGUGUCGAAUGAGUGGAGAGCUGAAACACCAUCAGAUGUGACAGCACAGAGAGGCUUGUGUGCCCGGAUUCCAUGCCACUACCGUUAUCCAUCACGUCUGGAUGAGAAUUCAAGGACUGGUAUCUGGUAUAACAGUGAAAACCAGGAAAAUCAUCGUAUAGCCUUUCACUCCAGUGAUCACAGUCAGGAGAUGCAGAAGUUUCAGUCUCGGACCCGUCUGUCUGGAGACUUGAAAGACGGUGACUGUUCCCUGGUUAUCGACAAUAUCACUGAGGAAGAUGAAGGGCCGUACUUCUUCAGGAUUGAAUUUGAAAGGAGGAAUCGUUACAACUAUCUCCCUGUUACAUGGCUCCGUGUUUCUGAUUUCACAGAUAAACCCACGAUAUUCGCUGCAGAACUUGUUGAAGGAAAGUCUGUGAACAUAAAAUGCGUCUUCAACACAACGUGUAAUGGAACUUCACCCACCUUAACCUGGGUCACCCCCACGGAUGUACCACCAUCAGUCUCAAGCAGCGUAACUCGGUGGCACAACACUCUGACAUAUACUUCUGUCCUGACCAUGACCCCAGCGCCCAAACACCACGGGCAAAGUCUCACCUGCAGAGUCAGAUACCCAUCUGUUUCAUCGGAGCAGACCCUCACACUAACUGUGCAUUAUGCCCCACAGAAUUUCUCAAUUACUUCCAACAACAGUGUGAAUAAUUCCUGGGUAAAUAUAAAGGAAGGGAUUCCUACAUCGAUCCUCUGCGCUGUCCAGAGUUUCCCAGUGUCUAAUCUAACGUGGAGACAUCUCGGUGUCACACUGAACACAACAAGUUCCAGCAAUGAACUGCGGCUGGAGUUUCCUCAGGUGACCCCCCAGCAGGCUGGAGUCUAUCAGUGUGUGGCGGAGAAUGAACACGGGACUGCGGAGAGGGCCAUCACCCUCAGUGUGGAGUAUAAGCCUGAGAUUUCUCGGGACUCAGGAUGCACUCGGACCUCCGAUGUCAUCACAUGUGUGUGUGCGGCCAGAUCAAACCCACCCGGAGAGCUCACCUGGCACCUCCCCCUCGCCAACCUCAGCGGGAACCAGACGCACGGUCGUUUCCAGACGUGGCAGGUGGCAGACGGGCAGCUGGUGACUGGCUCGCUGACGAUGGGUGUGGGCGAGGGAGAGGGGGAUGUGACCGCCUUCUGUACUGUCCGAAACCAGCAUGGAGAGGUCAUGUUUGCAGUGUUCCUGUGGAUGACAGGUGGGGUCUCUGCUGUUUGGAUCACAGUGUUACUCACGAGCAAUGUCAUUCUCAGUAUGCUACUGGCUGGGUUCUUUAUCUCCAGGUGCAUCCAGAAACGGGAUGCACGGACCAAGGAGAGAGCGUUGGAGAUCCUGGACAGCACCGUCAGCUCCAGUCCAUACUUGACCACACCUCAGGUACAGGACACGGAGAGGCAGAGGAGGAUCCGGAUCCCAAAGGAGGUUUCACCAGUAUUGCCCGUUGGAGAGGGGAAGGAGUGUGACCCGGUAUAUGCCAACAUAUAGGAGCUGCCCGGCAGUGGGGGCCCUUUUCGCAGGGGGGAGACGGUCAUAUAUGCAGAGCUGCAUUUCCAGUCAAUCGGGCCAGCCUGAGGGUUCGCAGCGCUAGUGGGUGGGGGGAGGGGAGGUUGGGGAGAGAGGCUUCUGGUUCUCCGGGAGAUGGCCAGUGCUGGAGGGAACAUUGCAGCCAACCACACAGCAGGAUCCCACAAAGCACUGGGCCCCACAGACCCGGGUUACCACCUACGUUCUAAUCAUGUUCAUUCAUAUCAAGCGAAACUGGAGACUCGCUGAUUCAGACAAAUAAAACCUUAUUGCUAUUUGGGGGGGCAUGCAGGGUGCACAGUGAAGAGAUAACAUCACUCAGGGAAUGCCACUCGAGAGUGGGGAGAGCUGUUCAUGGGGAGUACAGUGGGACGGAUGGUGAAGAGGAUGUGCCACUGUGGUGAACUACAUAUACCUGUCUGGACACGCCCCCCGCUGACUGCUCCUGUGGCUCCUCCCACGGGCCCCAGUAUAAAGGCGAUUGGAGCUUGUUCUUUCUUCCAGCCAAUAAAAGCCUAUAUCUUGCA